UCCAUAAUAACUCUUCUCUAGGCCGAAAACGACAUUAGUGUGGUGUCGUUUUGGUGCAAGCAUCUUCGUUGACCUUGUUGCUCUUCAAAAACCGAUCGAACGCGUUUGCAUUUGCAUUUGCAAUUAUUGCAUUGGCAUUGGGUUUGGGAGAAGGAAGGAAAGAUCAUCUUUUUUUUUUUUUGCUCCAUUCUUCAAAAUCGAAGAAGAUCCGAUCCCAUCCAUUCAUUCACUCUGCAACAUUCUGCAUUUAUAUCCGAUAUCUUCUUCUACUGCACUUCACUCCGGUUUCAAGAAUUGCAAUGGGGGAGUGUGCAGCAGCUGCAGGGGAAGGAUUAAGAUGUCGUCACUGCGCAGGUCCUCUUACGAAGGACAUCGAAACCACCCAAUGGACUGUCCGACCCUUCAUUAGGGAUUCCUUUUCUAUGAUUGGGUCUGCUGUUGGUGGAACCACAAGUGCCUUUUACGGAUUCAACCAUGUGAUGCCAAUUGUUCGAAGAUGGGUAAAGGGUCCGAUGUGGGUGCAUUUUCUCAUCGGUGCACCUCCUGUGAUUGUAUUUUCUUCUGCAUGUGCGGGAUUGGCAGGGGGUGCAAUUCCAGGGUUGGCACAACUUGCUUCAUCUUCAUACCACUCAGCAUUCUCGGCAUCGUCUUCGUCUUCGCAGGAUGACAAGAUUCACAAGUCCAGCAGAACUUCCUCUACCCUCUGAUGUCAUGUCCCACAGGUUUUCCUCGUAAAUUUGGGCAGCCACGAGAGGAGCAAUAAAGAUUAGUUUCUGUGUAUAUAUGCCUUCUUCUUUAGUCUUCUGGCUUUUGGUCAUUCAAGGCACCAUAGUAUUAGCAUAUGAGAAAUAUGUGUUAGCUCAGUGUUUUUCUUUUCUAGUUUGUAUUAAUAAGUUUUCCAUGCAUGUUUCUUAAAAAGCUAGUGGUUUAUUAUUUAUUCAUUAUUAUCACUGAUCAUCAUUUUCUAA